AUGGCUGGUGAUAAUAGCAGUGAGAGAAUCAAAUACUUUGUGGAUGGUCCCUUCUUCGUGAUAAGACUAUGCGACCCGGGGUCCUUGAACGCGCUGAAUGGAAACGACUAUCUGUACCUGGCGGAAUUGCUGGAGAAAUCUGAACGAAACUCGGACGUUUACUUCACAGUGUUGCAAAGUAGUGGUAGGUUUUUUUCAAGUGGAGCGGACUUCCAAUCUAUAUCCAAAGCGCAGGAGACGAAGACGAGCGAACCAGAGUUGAACAAGUGGUUGGCGUAUUUCGUUUCUCGUAACGUGUAUGUCACCGACAUGUUUGCGAGACAUUCCAAGAUACUCAUUUGCUGCAUGAAUGGGCCUGCGAUCGGGCUGAGUGCGGCGUUGUGUGCGCUGUGCGACAUAGUGUACUCGAUGAACGAUAAAGUUUAUCUCCUGUUCCCCUUUUCCAGCAUCGGACUUGUGACUGAGGGGGCCACUUCGGUCACUCUGCCGAUGAAGCUGGGUAGCAGUUGGACGUUUGAGAGCCUGCUGUUCAGUUCGCCUAUUAGGUUCGACAAGCUGGAUGGGACGAUUGUGGCGAAGAAUUACGAAAUGGACAACGUCGAGAAGUUCAACGACGCGGUUCUGGAAGAAUUGAAAUCAAAGAUCAAACCGCUUUAUUUACCCACUUUACCGGAUAUCAAGAAGCUGCUGCGAGAAAGAUACUCCCAGGAGCUCAGCAGAGCCAACUCUGUCGAAGUCAACGAUGCUAUCAAGUACUGGGUCAGGGGGAUCCCGCAGCGAAGCUUCAAACAAUUGAGUCAAAAGCAGCGGAAGCAUAAGCUAUGA